GAAAAUAAAAAUAAAUGGCAAUGAUGAAGAUUCCAAACCAAUACACAAAAGUAGAGAAAGAAGAUCCUAAUGAGAUAAUUCACAGGAGAGCUCAGUUUCUGAUCCACAAGAUUCUCGAACGAGCCGAUACAGAGACAUUAAGACAUCAACAGAAGAGAAAUACUAUUACUAUCAAAAUAUCGUCGUUUAGAGUGGUCGGGAUAAGAAUGAAGAUAGGGAAGAAGCUGAGGAAGCUAAGGAAGAGUUGUGUAAUGGCGAACAAGCAUGGUGAUCUUAUGCCACGUUUACUCAAAUCUCUUAGACGUUGUUUCUUCUGUUCCUCUCCUCCUCGAGACGUCUCCGACCUUCAACCUCUCUUCGCUCUUCAUGUUUAG